GAAGUAGGAUAGCGGGUGGAGCUCGCACAGCAACCCGAAACGAGAAGGGACUGCAUUGUUAUAAUACCAGGAAGCUUGCAAUAUGCAGCUACGGAGGUUAUGAUCAGUAUUAGAAGAAAAUGCAUGUUUUUUUAUGAUUGAUGUUGAUGCCGCUGAGGUGUCAUACAGAGCAGACCGCGCCACCCUGCUUUUUUAAAAAAAAAAAAAUGAUGAAAAAGCUUUUGAAAUAGUUUUGAUUUUUUGUAAACAAAAAAAGAAGAACCUAGCGUGACUUUUUUUUUUUUUUUUUUUUUUUUUUUAAUAAUGAAUAACGCGCAAACUGACAUUAAUAUGUCUCCUGAUUUUGUGUUGAUGCGCCUGGUAUCUGCAGCCGACGACGACCACGAUUUGGACGAGGACAACGGGAAUCUGUCAGCAGCGACCGGCGAUGCAUUCGGGGCGUCUGUGCUGCUGGGUCAGCACCAUAACAACGCGAUCCUGCUCAAGAACGGCUUUGAAUUCGACUCGAAUAACAAAACGGUCCACCAGCAGCAGCAGCAGCAGCAGCAACAGAUAGGGGACGGGGCGGCUGCAUCCCCCGAAGAUGCAAUGCCCACAACACGGCCGUUGGAGCCUCUAGUGCCGCCCCCUCCCGCGGACCCAGCGAUGGCUCAGCGGCUGGAUUUGCACCGCAGAACCAAGGGCUCCCGACCCCAGCUGAUGGUGUUUCGGAACAUACUCCGGCCCGGAGGCAGAGACCACCACGGGCCGGGGCAGCACGGUUUCCAAAUGGGAGAACUUCUACUAGAACGCCACGGCCGUUGCUCUGGUGUUGAUUCUACUGCUGGUACCACUGCUGGUUUUAAUAGCAGCGCCGACCCGCUGCAGCAGGGCAGGUUUCUGCAACCUCGGGAGACUGCAGAUUCCCGCAGCGUCAGGUCUGAACUGCACCCCCGUCACAGGCUGACAACUGAUGACAAAGACUGGCCCCCAGCUUCCCAGAUGCUUUUAAAUAACAAACUGGACCACCGCGACCUUUCAGAUACGAGCUGGGCUUCCUCCGCCCCGGGAGGCGGCGAUCCGGGCACAGCGGACCCGGUGUUCGAACUGGCCAGAAAAUUCGGCGAGUUCGGGGUCGACGGGGCCGCGGUUUUGUUCAGCAAGGAAGGCGAGCUGCCGCGCUGUCACUGCCAAAGCCUGCUGGGCUCGGCUGGGGCCAGAACCGGGGAGGAUCCGACAGAAACCAGCGACGUUCUCUUGGUUUUGGAAGGACUCGAACUGGAGGAGGUGGACGGAUUCGGAACGAGCAGCACUUGCUCGGAAGAGGAUUUUAAAAACGGCACGGCCGCAGCUUUCUUGCUAAACGGCAAAGGGGACGCCGAUGUGAUGCAAAAAAUGAACGGUUUCUCAAGCAAGACUCUGAUGAGACGGGCGGAAAAGGCGGCCGGUGAUAGCUGCUGCCCCGGUUAUAGACAGCCCCAGGUCUGCUGCCCGCUGAGGGAAGUUAUAGAUUUGGGGGCAGACGUGGCGCAGACCGCCCCCGACGAACGCAGCGCCUUGUCAGAACUCGCCUCUAACCCGAACACCGUUUCCACUUGCGAGUCCACCCUGGACUUGCCAGCCACUGCUCAGGACCCGAAGCACAAAGUUCGGGUUAGCAGGUGCGCCAGCUCGCCUCUGUCCGCGGAGAGCGGAGGGGGUUGCGAAAAGACGGCGAGGGACCCGGGCAGAUCCAGGAAGGGAUCGUUAAAAAUCCGCCUGAGCAAAUUGUUUAGAACUAGAAGUUGCAACGGGUCCAGUGAAGGGCAGGAGAAACGGCACUCCGUGGAUUCGGCGGUGUCAGUCGGGAGCCUUGGUGUGAUGGAUAUUUCGGGUUCCAGUGGAGGAGAACAAGACCCAAUAAGGAAACCGUGCUUGAGCAGGACUCGAAGUGCCUUCUCUCCUGCCUCCUUCAGCACUGUCUUCACCGGUGAGACGGUCUCGCUGGUUGACGUGGAUGUCUCUCGGAGGGGGCUGAACUCCCCCCACCCCUCGACAACCCCUCCUCCGCCCAGACGCAGCCUCAGCCUGCUCGAUGAUAUAAGCGGGCCGCAGCCUGGGCCUUUCCUAGCGGGCUCUAUGGGGGCCUCCCUCCAGCCUCUCCCUCUGCCUCUGCCUCCUCUUCCUCCUCCUCCUCCUCCUCCUCCAUCCCAUGCCACCAUCCAACAUAGCCUGACCCUCAAUGACACGUUCCUGCGGGCGCUCCCUCGCACCUCCUCCUCUUCCUCCUCCUCCUCCUCCUCCUCCUCCUCUUUGCAAGGAGACCCCCAGCCCCCUGUCACACAGCCCCCCCCUGCACAGGCGCUGCACUGCCCGCUGAGCAGACCCGACUCCUGCAGCUUCGCAGCUAGCCUGAGGGAGCUCGAGAAGUGUGGCUGGUACUGGGGUCCCAUGAACUGGGAGGAUGCGGAGAUGAAGCUGAAGGGGAAGCCAGAUGGCUCGUUCCUGGUGAGAGACAGCUCGGACCCCCGCUACAUCCUGAGUCUCAGCUUCCGAUCGCAGGCCAUCACCCACCACACGCGCAUGGAGCACUACAGGGGAACCUUCAGCCUGUGGUGUCACCCCAAGUUUGAGGACCGCUGCCAGUCCGUGGUGGAGUUCAUCGAGAGAGCCAUCAUGCAUUCCAAGAACGGGAGGUUCCUCUACUUCCUGCGCUCCAGAGUUCCCGGUCUGCCCCCCACCCCAGUGCAGCUCCUCUACCCCGUGUCUCGGUUCAGCAACGUGAGGUCCCUGCAGCACCUGAGUCGCUUCCGAAUCCGACAGCUGGUGCGGGUUGACCACAUCCCAGAGCUGCCCCUGCCCAAGCCUCUGAUUGCGUACCUGCGGAAGUUCUAUUACUAUGACCCGGAGGAAGAGACGUACCUCUCUCUGAAGGAGACUCGAGGCAGCCUGAGGCUGGUGCAAGAGUCAGAGGCACAGACGUAGACUCUCUGGGGCCCUGCAGCCUCAAGUUUGGACACUUGUUUGGUUUAAAACUUCCACUAAAGGACUAGCUUUGGGGGUGUCGACUGGACACAGACCAACACGACUAGGAGUGGUAACUGGACUAUCCUGCUGUGAGACCACCAAGUAGAGAGAGGCUGUGGCAUCUGCCAUGCUGGAGCCUCUUCGGGUCCUGUGGUCCCAUGUUGUUUUAUCGCUGUGGUAACCGUGGCUAGGGAUAAUUCUAACCCCGCCCCCUUGUCCCUUUACCCAUCGCACGCACUGGAAUUGAGGUUUUCCUUAGUGAUCUCCCCAGUCCUACCAGUCACGGAGAAACCUCCCCCGAACUGGAGUGAACUGGUUUAACUGGGGCUGCUGUGAACGGGAGCUGAGCUUGAAGACUUGAAAAGGAAAAAUAAUAAAUCAAGAAUAAUAAUAAUAAUAAUAAUAAUAAUAAUAAUAAUAAUAAUAAUAAUAAUAAUAAAGAACAAAUGGGGGAAAAAAAACCAUGCAGGUUCGAAUUGGUAACUGUCACUGGAAUCUGAAAAGGACUGAACUUCUGUUCGUUAACGUUGCUUUGAUUUUUUUUAGUUAUUUUAAAAGGUUUUUUUGAAAUGGGGGUGAGAGGCUAUAUAUAUAUAUAUAGACAUAUACACUGGAUCUCAGAAAACAGGUUGGUUUAUCUUACUCAUUUAUUGAUUUAACAAUCAAUUGAAAUGAAAAAAAAGGAAAGCAAACUAGAAUCAGUUUUGGGAUGUUAUAGAAAGGGAAUGCAACUUGUAAGAAUAGCAGACAGGAUUUCAAUGCAGUCUUGUUUUAAGGGAAAUCUCUUGAGCACCAAGUCAAUUCCAUGACACUGCCACUCCGUUCAGAUGAGAAUACCCUUUACAGAACAGGGCUGGGAAAGACUCCCGCUGCACAGCAGUGUGAUCCACUCCUGGUUUCAAUACGAGCUUAAUAAGAAGACACACCCAAACUUGUUACCUAAUCAAGCUAAUCAAGUUCAUAGUAAAACCUGGAGUUGGUGAAGCUGCUAUGCAGUAGGAGUCUUAUUUCCAUCCCUGCAGUGUGGGUCUCCUUGAGUUUCAGAAAAGCGGUCAUUGAGUUAGUGCUGGAUCAUUGCACAGCGAAGGGCAGCAGUUACGAUCAGCGUGACCAUUCUGGAAAUGAACCAUGCUUGUGAGUCAAUGAGGGUGCGGUGAAUAUUGCAGAGAAGGAGGAGGAGGAGGGGGGUGGAUACUAUCUCCGAGGAGGGCCAGUGUUUUUAAUGGACACGAUUUUAGAAUCAAGACAGAUUCAUUAAUACUCCUGACCUCGAAGGUCACUGUUACUUAAACAUUACAAGGACCCGGGCAAAGCCUCGAUUGGGUGCCGUUGAUUGCUUAGUAACAGUGUGUUGCUUAAGAGAACAAACCCAGUUAUAAUUCAUGCAUUUUUUUUUUUUUUUAAGCCUGUACGCACUGAUGAUGUGAGAGGAAAUGACAAACUUGUGUUUUUCUUUGGUCACUUUUUUUUUUGGUACAGACCUGAGACAUUCAUAGACUUGCAGUUUUUUGGGGUUUUUUUCAGAUUUUUUCUAUAUAUAUAAUAUAUAAUUAGUAUUUUAUAGCCAGUCUGCUUGCCUGCUGUAUUUUGGGAAUCAACUUUAUUGUGGGAGAUGAAACUGCUUACUGUAAAACAAAAUAAAGUGUUUUAGAUGCUCUUUUCUUAUUUAUUGUAUUUUACGUUUUGCUUUGUUUUAACUGCUGGUUUGUGGUGUUUGAUGUAAAUAGUUAUUCUAUGAAUACCAAAAAAGACACAAAAAAAAAAGAAAUAAAAUUCUGUUAAAGAGGGCGGUAGUGACUGCUGUGGGAUCGGUUCUAAAGAGAUGGAAAGGUUUUUAUUUUCAUCUCCGAAACAUCCAAUCUAGUAUGAGGAAAAAAAAAAAAAAAAAAAAAAAAAACAUGCAGUUUGUUUUCAGAUUUCCUAAUAUAGGCUUUGAAGAUUUUUUUUUUUUUUAAAUAAACUUUGUAUA